AUGGGAAAGCCGAAAACUACCCAAGUUAACAAGUCAAGUAACAUGAGCUUCAAGUCGAUCUCGGCAGUCACUAUACGCGUGGGAACUGCCCCAAACACCGAGGAUUUUAUCGCACACGAAUCUUUUCUCACUACCCGUUCGGAGUUUUUCCGACGUGCCAUGAAUGGUAACUGGAAAGAAGCAGAAACACGCGUCAUCAACCUCCCUGACGACACGGCCAAAACGUUCGCCUGCUACAUCAACUAUGUUUAUACUGGCCAGCUACCUACUACAAGUAAGACCACGUCGGAGUUAAAGAAGCUUACGGAGGACAAAUUUGCAUAUCAUGUAGAAGACCUAUACGAGAUCAUCUUCAGCGUUUUCGUGCUCAGUGAGAAGCUCCAAGACAUCACAACAAAGAACGCCAUGAUGGAAGCUGCACUGGCCACUGCUGGAUUGAUAGGAAUCGACGGUUCAACGGGAGGCCCCUCAUAUGAUGUAGUCAACGCGGUCUACAAUGGCACACCUGUAGGCAGUCCUGCCAGACGACUCGUCACAGACAUGUGGACUGAAUUACCUAUCGAAUUUAUCUUCUCUUGCUUUCGUUACCUUCAUCAAGGAUUUGUGGAAGACUUGGGUAAAUCCCUUCAAAACGCCAGAAAGCCAGCAGAAAACAUUCUUGUUCGCAAGGGUGUUGCUGCAUAUCAAAAGGAAAUGGAAGAGGGUUGA